AUGAUCGAUCUCCGAGGAAUUGAGGGUCGGGACAGGUUGUCAAGAGAUGCCCCUGUUGAGUUUUCGACGCCUCAUGAUUGUCAUCUCAGUUUGACUUGCGAAGUUGAUGAUUGCGGCCCAGCCGUGACGCAUUUGUUCAAUGGUUUCAAAGCUAGGCCUUGGGCUCUAUGCUACGCGGGCCUCCAGGAUUUGGCUCGCAGCUGGCACGCUGCAGUUUUAGCGGCCCUGGAGUGUCAGUUGAGCCCAGGGCAGAUGAUGGCAGCGGUGGCGAAUGGCGACAUGAGAUCUUUUCUUCGCCGUGAAGUGGAGACAGUGGCAGCCUCCAUUCCUCAACAAGCUGCAUCUCCACCUGUGCAGCUGAUCAUUCAGAACAGUUCCAGCGUCAGUUCGACUCAGCCAGAACGGGAACAGCUUCCACCGCAGAAGGUACCACAGCAUUUGUGGCAACUUUCAAGACAAGACCUAUCGGAUUUCUGGUCAUCUCCAUUGAACCGAGCAUUUCCGCUGCAUUUGGUGAAGUUUCUCAAUGCUCAUGUUUGUUUUUUUAAACUUUUUAAAUCUGCUUCUCGAGCAAUCUCAAAGUUAUUUCUCAAUUCAUGA